AGUCCACGACGGCUGCCACCCGAUGGGGUUCAAGGGAUAUUGGUGGGAUCAUUGCAUAAUGAAACGCCUAAAAAAAUUGAAGGACGAAGCAGCUCUUGAUAAAAAUAAGAAAACUGUUAUUGCAAUCACUCCCACUUAUGUUCACGUAAAUCAAUCUCGACACUUUUGUGAGUUGACCCGUACAUUGGUUAAUUUGCCUUACAAUGUGAUAUGGAUCGUGGUGGAAGCCGGUGGACCAACUAAUGAAACGGCUAAAAGAUUUUCUAAGGAACUAAGACAACUUGUCGAGGUCAAGCACGUUGGGUUCGACUACAACAUUCCGUCAGAGGGCGUGGCCCGAGAGAAGAUGGAAGCUCAAAUGCGAUUGCAAGCUUUGAGAGUUGUGAAAGAAGAGAAGCUGGAUGGGAUUGUAAUUUUUGCGGAUGAGGCUGAUCAUCACGAUCGUAAAUUUUUUUAUGAGAUCCAGAAAGUCAGGUGGAUAGGUUCUGUUCCGAUUAUUGUUGGCAGAGACGGAUCAAUUCAUAAUGAAAAAAUUAUUCAAGCUCCGGCUUGUAAUAAUAACUCUUCGUUGCAUCAUCAGAACAAUGGGUGGCGCAUACAUAGUAGACCAUGUAGAGGUUGCAAUGUUAGUGAUAUUGUAUUGCCAGAAAAGUUAAAAUGGUCAGAGUUUGUGAUGAACUCAAGGUUGGUUUGGAAAGAAGAAUCAUCAGCUAAAAAACCAGAAUGGAUUAACAAAGAUUUGGACAUGAUAAUGGCCGCAGGGAACCAUAAAUCAGAUGAGAUUAAUAAUCCUCUUUCUUUCGUCAAAGACUCAUCUAUGGUGGAAGCAUUAGGUGGUUGUGGGUUGCGAUGGUUGAUAUGCCGGCACUGUGAGAAUGUUUAUUCUUACUGUUACUACUAAUUAUUUCUUGUUCUUGGUUCAAUGGGUUCUAAUUAGAUUUGGUUGAUAUCUGUUUAUAAACCAUGUGUUUGGGCUUUUACAUACUUACUAUAUCUUCUUUUAAUUUGUUUUCAAUAAUUUCCAAGAAACAAACUAGACUGCUACAUUUACUUUGCAUUCAUGGUGGCGAAUAUGUUUGUGAGUGUGAA